CAUCUCCUGCAUUGGCAGUUUCUUCAGCCAUCAAAUGGAGGGAUCUUGUGAGAACCCAAUGAUACAAAUACAUCAACUGCCCAGCAAAGCGCUUGCCGUCUCAGCUUAAUAAAUAGUUGGUCACAUCACCCUCAGCCCUGUUGGUGAGCAAGAUUUUUUCAGCUUGAGUGGGGCGAGAGCACAAGAACACCUUCUUGUUUGACUUCCUCUGAGCCAACCACACCUCCACUGGCCACUGUCUGUGGUCUGGCCCACUUCGUCCAAGAAGAAAACAUCCUUGAGUCCCGGCAAGAGUCUAGCCAGGCUAAAGAAAUGUCAACAACUGGGAGCUUUGAGGGAUUCCAGCCUGUGUCUCUGAAGAGAGAGGAAGAUGACCAACCUUCUGAGACAGAUCAGCUGUCUGUGGAGGAGAGGGAGCCAGACACAGAGGUCCCAGCGCCAAAGCAGAUUUCAAGGCUGCCAAGUGUGAUUGAAUCCACUCUCUACCCGAAUCCCUAUCACAAGUCUUAUCUCUCACGGAAGUACUUCGUCACUCGGCCAGGGGUCAUUGAGACUGCCAUGGAAGACUUGAAAGGCCAUAUUACCAAGACUUCUGGAGAGACAAUUCAAGGCUUCUGGCUCUUGACAGAGAUAGACCACUGGAACAAUGAGAAGGAGAGGAUUUUGCUGAUCACAGACAAGACUCUCUUAAUUUGCAAAUAUGACUUCAUCAUGCUUUGCUGUGUGCAGUUGCAAUGGAUUCCCCUGAGUGCUGUCUAUCGCAUCUGCCUGGGCAAGUUUUCCUUCCCUGCGAUGUCACUGGACAAGAGACAAGGAGAAGGCCUUAGGAUCUACUGGGGGAAUCCUGAGCAACAGUCACUGUUAGUCCGCUGGAAUCCGUGGUCCACUGAGGUGCCUUAUGCUACCUUCACUGAGCAUCCUAUGAAAUACACAAGUGAGAAGUUUCUCGAAAUUUGCAAGUUGUCUGGGUUCACGUCAAAGCUUGUUCCAGCUAUCCAGAACACCCAUAAGAAUUCCACUGGAUCUGGAAGAGGAGAGGGAUUGACGGUGCUUGCUGAACCCAUUUUGAUUGAGACCUACACCGGGCUAAUGUCAUUCAUUGGAAACCGAAACAAACUUGGCUAUUCCCUUGCUCGGGGGAGUAUUGGUUUUUGACACUCCUUUCAGUGGAUAAAUACAUCAUCCAUAGCUACAUCAUUAUUGAAGAUUCUGUUUCAGCUCACCAUAUUUUUAGACUGAAACAAUCAGCUACUUUUAAAUAGUAUCACAUGAUUUUAAAUAUUUAGUAUCUUAGGAGAUCAAAAAGCUUGAUUAGACUGAUAAAUGCACACUUCAGAUCUUUUAUGAAAUUUCUUAAAAUCAGAAAAUAAAUUCACCUAAGUAUAUUGAAUAACAUUAUCAAGUAAAUACCUGAUCAUAAACUCAGGGCAGACCCUCUGGGUUCUUGUUUCUCAGUCCUCCAAAUGUGGGCAUGUUCUGGGUCUUUAUUUUCAGCCCUUGGAUCCUGAUCUUCUCUCUCACUGGGAUCUCAAUCUGUAUUAUUUCAGUUUCAUUUUUAUGAGGAUGACUUCCAAAGCCAUAGUCCCAUCCCUGGGACUUCAAUUUUGCAUUGCUGUCUGCUGAUCAUGUAUAUCAGUAGCCACUUAUAUUCAGCUUCUUCAAAAUUUUGGAUUUCUCUAUGAGAUUUUAAUAGUCACAGUUAUUAAUUUUGAUGUCUUUAAUCUUCUUGCCAAAUACAUUCCAUAUUAUAUCUCUUUUAGUCUGUCUGAGUUGCUAUAACAAAUAUACUGUAGACUGAGUGGCUAAUAAACAACAUAAAUUUAUUUCUUAUAGUUCUGAAGGUUGGCAUUCUGAGAUUAGUGCACCAACCUGGUCAGGUGUGGGCCCUCUCCUGGGGUUCAGAUUUCUUGCUAUAUCCUUUUAGCCAAAGAGGCAAGAGAGUUCUCUUGUGCUUCUUUUAUAAGGGCAAUAAUCCUGAUGCUGGGAAAGGUUGAAGGCAAAAGGAGACGGGGUCGGCAGAGGAUGUGAUGGUUAGAUAUCGUCACUGACUCAAUGGACAUGAAUCUGAGCAAACUCUAGGAAAUAGUGAAGGACAGGGGAGCCUGGUGUGCUGCAGUUCAUGGGGUUUAAGAGUUGAACAUGGCUAAGCAAAUGAACAUCAACAACAGAAUCUCAUUCAUGUGGGCUCUGCUCUUAUAAGCUAAGGCCCCAACUCUUAGCAUCACAUUGGGAUUUCAACAUAUAAAUUUAGGGGGAUGGCACAAACAGACCAUAUUUAGUAUUAAGCCCAACACCCAGAUGUCAAACUAAAGUUUAUUGUUUCAAAAUUUUUCAUAUACUUCUCCUUUUUAUUCUCUCCUUUUUAUUAUUAGAUCACAUUUUAAAUUCGGUUUAGGUGGAUAAUUGCUAUAACCUUUUAGUUGGUAUCAUUUCCAAGGCUGAGCGUCUUCUAAUUCAUUUUGCAUUUGUUGCCAGAUUCCAAAAGCACAAUUUGAUCAUAUAAUUCCCUGAUCAAGAAGUUUCAGUGACUCAUUUCCUUUUUGCUGUUUUUUUUUUUCUUUUUUGAUUGCUUGUUCAUAUGUUUUAUUUUUCAAUAACAGAUCUUUCCUUCUAAUGAAUCUGUUUCAGAUACCCAAUAUGUAAAACAGGCAGAAGUAAGACCACUGUGGUUGAGACAGAGAUGGGAAUGCCACUGACCUCCUGUCUUUUGGGUCUUACAAGUGCCCUCUGUGGAAUGUCUAUGGAUUCUAGAGGGGAUAAGAAGCAUGUUUAUCAAAAACACUGUUGUAAUUCAUUCUGUUUACAUUUUCUUUUCUCUUGUAUUUCCUCUUUGUCUCUUCUUGACUUAUGUCUAAUUGUAAACAACUCAGGAAAUUAUCUCAUCUGUUUUCAUCUCUAAACUUUUUUUUCAAUUUUAUUGUAUUUUUAAAUUAUUUUCAAAAAAAGACUUUUAAUGCUGAACUCUAUAAACAUUAUUAUUAACAUAAUCAGCUUUUUGUCUGUCCUAAGACCCAAAGUUGAGACACCUUGGCUGGUAUUCAAUCUAAAAAUUCCAGCUUUUUUGGGGGAGAGGAUGUUUAUGUGAAGUCUAACUUUAAAGUCUUUUCUUCAACCUGCUUACUUCCUCAAUUUCAACGAUUCAUCCUCUGAUGUUUCACAAACAUCAAUUUGAUGGAGACAUUCAAAAUCCAAACCUUGAAUAACUCUCGUUUGAUUUUGUCUUUAUCUUUGUUUACUUCCAUUAGUAUGUCUCUCCCUCUCUUUCCACUUCCUAGGACCCACAUUUUUUUUUUCCCCUCAUGAUGGCAAAUAUUGUUACAGUCCCCAAGGCAGGAAACUUCUAUUCAGACUGUAAAAGGAAAUGUUGAAAUCCUUAGCUGUCCUGUCAACAGUAGUGGAAUGAAAAGUCGUUGGAUUGCUCUGGCAGUGGUUCUGAAGCAGGCACAAUUGGCAAGUUAUUACUAACAGUGCUGCCAGAAAAUCCCCAUUUGCCUCAAGAUAGUGGCAUUUGUUGGCAGAGUCUAUGAAAGGUCCAGCACAUUCUCUUUAUUUACCAUUUAAGGAUCAGUCUGACAAUUGACUUCUUUCUGCACAUUCAUUCCCUUUGAAUUUUCUAAGUUGGACUGUUCCCAAAUGACCUUUGAAAGGAUAUAGUGCAAAUCAGAAAAGAUGAGAGCAGGGUGAUGUCUCUUAACCCUGAGGUCCAGUCUAUAACAAUAGGGUACCAAAGCUGUUUAGUGUGAGAAGAGUGAUCUCAGAGAUGAAAUGAGAACUGUCUUCAUAUUUCAUACAGACCAUCUUGUGGGAUAUUCUAGAAACUGAUAAGUGGGACCUAGGAAGCAGGAUUAUGACCAGAGGAUAAGAGGAUUCAGGGAUUUGGAUGGCAGUUUAAGAUAAGAAAGAACUUCUUAUACUUAAAAAUGCCCAAGGAUGGAAGCAUUGCUCUUUGACAUGUACUAGGAGGGACUAGAGUGAAUAUUGUGAAAGGGAUUGCUAAAGAGAUGAUUGAUAAAAUCUUUUAAAACCAGAGACCUUAUAAUUCUUUAAAUAAUUGUUGUUAAUCAUUAAGUAGUGUUAGUUGCUCAGUCACAUCUGACUCUGUAACUCUCUGGACUGUAGCCUGCCAGGCUCCUCUGUCCAUGGAAUUUUCCAGUCAAGAAUACUGGAGUGGGUAGCCAUUCCCUUCUCCAGGGAAUCUUUCCAAUCCAAGGAUCAAACCAAUGUCUCCUGUAUUGCAGGCAGAUUCUUUACCAUCUGGGCCACCAGGGAAGCCCCAGUCGUUAGGUAAAACACCCUUUUUUCUCUGGAAAGAGUUGAAUCAGUCAUGUGAGACCCUGGAAAAUUACCUUAAUUUUCCUAAGGUUUAAUUUCCUCACCUGUAAAAUGGAGAUGAUGCUAUCUCUUUUGCCUACUUCAUAAAGAUCUUGGAAGGAUUCAAUGAAAUGAAGUCAAAUUAUUUUAUUAAAUAAAAAUCAUUGAGUAUCUGCCUGUAGAGCAAUGCCACUUUGGUGCAGAACCUCAGACAACAUCCAAGGGAACUAAAUUCAGUUCUUCUGGGAAUUGUUUUUCCAGUCACUAUGGGCCUGCUGGGGCUCCCUACGUGGCACUAAUGGUGAAGAACACACCUGUCAAUGCAGGAGACAUAGGACAUGUGGGUUCGAUCUCUGGGUGGGGAAGAUCGCCUGGAGGAGGGCAUGGCAAUCCAGUCCAGUAUUCUUGCCUGGAGAAUCCCAUGGACAGAGGACCCUGGUAGACUACAGUCCAAAGAGUCAUAAGAAUCAGACACUGCUGAAGUGACUUAGCACGCACACAUGCAUGAACUUACUAUCUCUUUACCAUUUGCCAUGUGGUAUUCCCAGGGGACAGUUGGGUUUCUUGUCCAUAAGCUGGACAACCAGCCACAACCCACAAACCAAGAGACCUAUAUGUAUCCCUGGGCUUUUCCUUCAGGCUAUUAUCUGAACUAUACCAGUAAAGUUUCCCAAAGGGGCAACAUAGGAAUAAGAUUAGAUACAAGGGGCAUUAAGUAUAAAGCAUAUCAUCAUAAAAAUGUCAUGGUUGGCCAUCUUCUCUAUCUGUUCUUUAUCCAUUCAAGAAAUUCCACUAAAAAAUCUCCAAUAAAUCUGAAUGGAGAUUCAGAAACUAUUUGAACAAUUGACAGAUUGCUCAUAGUCUUCUGAUAUAUCUUGGGCAGUUUUGAUGGUUAGAAAUUUCUCCUUCUGUCUCUUUUAAGUAAAAGUGAUCUGCCAUCUCUUUUAUUUAAAAAUAAAAUUCCCAUGCUGGAGUAAACUCAA